AUGCACAAGCAUGUUUUCCUUUGUAUUGUCGAAGGUGUAAUAGCAGAAGAUGAUGAGUUCUUUAUGCAAAAAUCAGAUGCUACUGGAAGGAUGGGUCCAUCUGCACUACAAAAAUACACAUCGGCUAUUAGGAUGUUGGCAUAUGGUUCAUCCUCUGAUUUUGUUCACGUGUACCUGAAAAUUGCUUUAAGUACCGCUAGUGAAUGCCUUCUUCAUUUUGUCGAAGGGGUUGUUGCUAGAUUUGGACCUGAAUACUUAAGGAAGGCAAAUCCAGAUGACACUAAGCGUCUCCUACAUGAAGGUGAGCGUCGUGGCUUCUUAGGCAUGGUGGGAAGCAUCGAUUGCAUGCACUGGAAUUGGAAGAAUUGUCCUCGAGGCUGGAAAGGAAUGUAUCAAGAAAGAAGCAAAACAUCAACAAUAAUCUUAGAAGCAGUUACUUUAAGUGACUUAUGGAUAUGGCAUGCUUUUUUGGCACCCCGAGUUCAUGCAAUGAUAUAA